AUGUGCGGUAUCCUUGGGUGUAUUCACCACCCCAAUGCGGCCGCAUACCGCCCCCAGAUGCUCAACAUGUCCAAGUGUCUUCGUCACCGUGGUCCAGAUUGGUCUGGAUGCGUGGUGACUCAGGAGGAGGGAACACAGGGGUCCAUCCUUUGCCACGAGAGGUUGGCCAUCGUUGGUGUAGACACUGGCGCUCAGCCCCUGGUCAGCACUGAUGGCAAGCUCAUCCUCGCAGUCAACGGAGAGAUCUACAACCACCGCAUCCUGCGCAAGAACCUCAAGGACCAAGAGGCUACUUUCAAGACCCACUCUGACUGCGAGGUCAUCCUCCACCUAUACAAGGAGCACGGAGCCAACUUUGUUCACAUGCUGGACGGUAUGUUCUCCUUCAUUCUCCUGGACACAUCCGUCACACCCACUCGAGUGCUUGCAGCAAGAGACCCCAUUGGUAUUACCACCUUCUACCAGGGCUCUUCCUCCAAGUACCCUGGCGCUCUAUACUUCGCGAGUGAGCUCAAGUCGCUUCACGAAGAAUGUGACACCAUUCGGGGCUUCCCUCCCGGACACUACUACGACAGCGCCCGACCAGAGGGCGAGGAGACUGUCCGCUACUACAACCCGCAAUGGCUCGAUGGAGAUGUUGAAGGCAGUGAGCGGCCGAAGAAGCCUGUUGACCUCAAGCUCAUCCGGGAGACUUUGGAAAGGGCUGUUCGCAAGCGUCUCAUGUCCGAGGUGCCUUACGGAGUACUGCUGUCAGGUGGUCUCGACUCGUCUCUAAUCGCUACCAUUGCAGCCAGGGAAACCAACAAGGUGGCUGAGGCACAGAGGCAACGUUGGGAGCAACGCAAGGCGUCUCGUGCAAAGGUCAACGGCAUCCCUCCUGAGAUUGCUACCCCCAACGGUGAUUCGAUGCCCGUUGGUAUCGAUGACGAGGCAAAGGAGGAAAUGGAGACUCUUGCCGCUUGGCCCCGCCUGCACUCUUUCUCAGUCGGUCUUCCCGGCUCCCCCGAUCUCCUCGCCGCUCGUCAGGCCGCGCAGUACCUGGGUACUGUCCACCACGAGCACACUUUCACAGUGCAAGAAGGUCUCGAUGCUAUCUCUGAUGUGGUUUACCACUUGGAGACUUUCGACGUGACGACGGUCCGAGCUUCGACACCUAUGUACCUCCUCUCCAGGAAGAUCAAGGCCAUGGGAGUCAAGAUGGUGCUUUCCGGUGAGGGAUCGGACGAAAUCUUCGGUGGCUACCUCUACUUCCACGCUGCUCCCGACGCCGACUCCUUCCACCAGGAGUGUGUCCGCAGGGUGAAGAACCUGCACACCGCCGACUGCCUGAGGGCGAACAAGUCGACGAUGGCAUGGGGUCUCGAAGCUCGUGUGCCAUUCCUGGACAAGGCCUUCCUGGACGUUAGCAUGGACAUUGAUGCCGAGAAGAAGCAGUUCUCCAAGGGCAGCAUGCAGACCAAGGACGGCGAUGGCCGCCCACACAUGGAGAAGUACAUUCUCAGGAAGGCCUUCGACAUGGUUCCCGAGGGUGAUGAGAAGGCAUACUUGCCCGAGUCGAUUCUGUGGAGGCAGAAGGAGCAAUUCUCUGACGGUGUGGGUUACAACUGGAUCGACGGCAUGAAGGACGAAGCUGCCAAGGUGGUCAGCGACGAGCAGAUGGCCAAGGCUGCUGAGCGUUUCCCUGAGGCUACUCCUGACACAAAGGAGGCUUACUGGAUCCGCGAGAUCUUUGAGAAGCACUUCCCCUCGAAGGCUGCUGCUGGUACUGCCGUCAGGUGGGUGCCCCGUGGUGACUGGGGCUGCGCUUCAGACCCUUCGGGCAGAGCUCAGACUGUGCACAACUCUGCCUACUGA